UUUUUAGAACACUGCUCUCACUUUUACUCUUUUCAAAAUUAGGGCUCUCCAUCGUCUCUCUCGUCUCUCUCUCAAGCCCUGCUGCAUUAACUCUCUCAACAGCUUCGUUCCAUUCCGUCGAUCGUGCUCGUUCCUGUUCGUCAAUCACCUGACUCUACUCAACUCGAUCACCAUUAUGUCGUCAUUUACGAGAGCUGCAGCUUCUGCCACACAAGCCGUCCUUAGAGGCUCACAGUACUCCGCUAGGUUUGGAUAUCCUCCUUCUUGCAGAGUCUAUGUUUCUGGGUUAUCGGCGGAUACGACUGAUCAAAAACUUUUUGACGCCUUUGAGAGAUUUGGGCGUGUAUUGCAUGCUAAUGUUGUGUACAAUCAUUCAACUGGAUAUUCCAAGGGAUUUGGAUUUGUUACCUAUGCUUCUGUACAAGAGGCAGCAGCUGGCAUAAAUGGCAUGGAUGACCAGUUUCUGGAUGGACUGGUUGUAUUUGCUGCAUAUGCUGCUCCGAAGGUGCCACAAACUCAUCCACGAGCCACGACCUAGGAAUCUAGCAUUUGAUUGGAUUCAAUUUUUAUUUUCUGUGUAUCUGCUUAUUGGUUGUCUUACAUUUCCAAAUAUUUUCAAGAUGGAGAUGCAUAACUUAUGAUCUUUCUCACUCUGUGAACUAUGAUGUCCACCUCUCAUGUUACGAACCAUCAAUAUUUGCAAACCAUUAGAGCACCGAUUACGAGUUUCA